AAACUUUAUGCUUAUUGAUUACUAUCAUUGAAAAAGAAAUCUCAAUGUAUUUAAAUUCAAGGAACCCAUGAUGCUUCAAUUCUUCUUUCUUUACUGAUUUCCUCUGAUGUUUGACCUCAUCGCAAGAAAACAAGGGAAGAAACUCCUAGUCUUGUAGUUUAUGUGGAAAUGGUGAAGCUUCCUUGGAUUGGAAUGGUAGGUGCAUGUGAUGAUGUGAAAAAGGAAAUUAUGAAAUGUGAAUUCCAAUAGCUUGAUUCCCUUAUCUUCACUUUUCCUAGUCUCUAUUUCUUGUCUCUUCUUCCCAAAGCAAAACUUGUCCUUUUAUAAUAAAAACCCUCUUCUUUCCCAUUUCAUUCCCACUCUAAAUUUCCUUUUGUCAUUUGAAAUUUGAUCCAUAAUCCAAAGCUAUACCCACCAGCCAAGAUGUCAGAUUGGGGGCCUGUUUUUGUAGCGGUGGUGCUCUUCAUCCUGUUAACGCCAGGCUUGCUCAUUCAAGUUCCGGGCCGUAACAACUGUAUAGAGUUUGGCAAUUUUCAGACGAGUGGAGCUUCCGUUCUGGUUCAUUCCAUUCUUUACUUUGCUCUCAUCUGUAUCUUCUUGUUGGCUAUUGGUGUUCAUAUUUACGUGGGCUCAUAGCUUUCUGAAUUAUUUGUUAUCUUUUCCUCCGUUUUCUUUUGGGUGAUAAUGAACUGAAACUCUUUAUUGAAUUAUAGAUCUAGUUCUCCGGCUUA